AUGGCUAUGCUGGCUUCAAAGUCGUCAUUUCCAGCCGGGCUCGGUGCCACUCCUCUUGCUCCGGCUCCCCCUCAAACCGUAAUGGUUCCGCCUCCACGAAGAGCCCCGACGAUGCCCACGGCAGGUGCUUACGGCAGCCCGACCGAGUCCGAAUUCUCCGAGCACGAUCCCUCCGAAUCCGUCAAGAACUGGGACGAAGAUAAGGUGUGCGAGUAUCUCCGAAGUGUCAAGUGCGGCGAUUAUGAGAAGAUCUUUCGAAAGAACCAUAUCAAUGGCGAGAACCUCCUAGAAAUGGACAAGGAAGUCCUAAAGGAAAUGGGCGUCGAGAAAGUCGGCGACCGCGUCCGGCUCUUUCUCAGCAUUAAGAAGCUGAGGACUAGAGCGUAUGCCAACGAAAAGAAGCGGAAUCGGGACUCCUUUGGUGGCCUCGAUAUUCACAUUACCGCUCCUGGUGGCUCGCCCCGGCCGCCAAACACCUCCCGAAUGGUGCCCACGUCAGCCACCAACAAGAGAUUCUCGAGACAGAUUGACCCAUAUGGUGGCCUGGACAGUGGCAAGAGCAGCUCCCGACCCAACUCUCCUCUCCCUGGCACUGAAAUUCGGACUAUGCGGGUGCGAGGGAAGCCCUAUGCUACCAGCCCGGUAAACAUGCAAGGGCAGAGGGUAGCGGGUGAUCCGGCAAACCGUCUGGUAACGACCCAUACCAGGAAUAAUUCCAGUAUGGACGGUUCGCUGAUGGCUGCCUUACCACAGAAUCAAGAAGUUAUCCGCGUCAUCUCAACUGGCGGCGUCACCAAGGUGGUCAAGAUAGCCGACUGCAAUACUUGCGAGGAGGUGAUGCGAGUGACGCUCCGGAAGUUUGCUCUGCGCGAGGAUCACGAAAGGAACUACUGCUUCUGGGUUCUGGCCGGCAUCGACCCUGAUCCGAGCCAGACUCGACGACUUGGCGACACGGAACUAUGGCGCAUCAUCAAGGACCAGCGACGUCCGGAGCGGAAUCGACUGAUCCUGCGAAGGGUCCCGGCGGGUGAGCCAGGCGAGGCGGAGUUGCAGCGGGCUGCGGCCAUUGCCAUGGAGGAGGAGCAACAGAAACACGCCCGCGCUCUCGAGACGGUCGACAAGCGAAAACGGCGCAUGCCCGGGGCACUCCGCCAAUUCGGUGGACUUCGUCCCCCUAGCGAGCUGAUUGCAUCUGACCUGACGUCCUAUUUCCCUGAUCAUACCAGAGAGGACAUUGACCGCACGGCCCGACUUUCUAUGAGACGGUCGACUCGGUUGAGCAAGGUCAAUAGUCGGCUCAGUGUGGCUAGCAGCCUCAGCUUUGCCUCUAGUAUUCAGGAUGCACCCCCCAUCCCAACUAUCGCUGACUCGUGGCUCAACGCCAACUCACAACUGGCCAAGAUCAAACCUCGCGAUUCGCACAUCCGACCCCCUCAGAAUGCGUAUAACCGCGACUCGGUGACCUCGUCUAUGCUCGACACGCUUCAGGAGGAGUCGCCGAUCGAGCCAAACCGCAAGUCGUAUGUGUCAUUCACCGAGAGCAGCUCUGACUCGGCUGCUCUGAGCGUGACCGACCCAGAAGGCAACACGACAACGACAAGCUACUACGACGGAGAUAACUCGACGGGAUCUGGCUCAUUCCAAGAGCUACAACAAGCUUUGACCAAUGACGGCGAUGAUGUCGAUGAGGAGCUACAAAGCUUCUUGGCGGGCGAGUCAUGGGGUGAUGACAAGUGGAUGAAGGGCGCGCUUAUCGGUCAAGGAUCGUUUGGCAGCGUGUACCUAGCCCUGCAUGCUGUGACUGGUGAGCUUCUUGCCGUCAAGCAGGUCGAGACUCCCGCCCCUGGCGCCAACAGCCAGAGCGACAGCCGCAAGAAGAGCAUGAUUGAAGCGCUCAAGCGAGAGAUUAGUCUGCUCCGCGACCUUCGACAUCCGAAUAUCGUGCAGUAUCUGGGCUGCAGCUCAUCUGCUGACUAUCUCAACAUUUUCCUCGAGUACGUUCCUGGUGGUUCAGUGCAGACCAUGCUCAACUCGUAUGGAGCUCUGCCUGAGCCGCUGGUACGAAGCUUUGUUCGACAGAUCCUGACGGGUCUCUCGUACUUGCACAACCGGGACAUCAUCCACCGCGACAUCAAGGGAGCCAAUAUCCUCGUGGACAAUAAGGGAACCAUCAAGAUUUCGGAUUUUGGCAUCUCGAAGAAGCUGGAGGCAUCCAACAUUCUGAGUGGGGCGAAUAAUAACAAGCAUCGACCGUCACUUCAGGGGUCAGUUUUCUGGAUGGCCCCCGAAGUUGUCAAGCAGACAUCGUACACACGCAAGGCGGACAUUUGGUCACUGGGCUGCCUCGUGGUGGAGAUGAUGACUGGCAGUCACCCUUUCCCCGACUGCAGUCAGCUUCAGGCCAUCUUCAAGAUCGGAGGUGGCAAAGCAGCCCCCACGAUCCCCGAGCACGCUAGCGAGGAAGCUAAGGAGUUCCUCGGACAGACGUUUGAGAUCGACCACAACCUGCGACCGAGCGCGGAUCAGUUAAUACUGAGCCCGUUCUUGGUCCCCAUCACCUAA